GGAGAGGUGGAUGUUUAAAAAUGGCCUCGCGGGUAGUGGCGCGCGAUGGCUCGAGGUGCUGGCGUGUGGCCGUUUGCGCGGUUCCGUAGCUGGUGCGCGCUCUGGGCGGGGUUGGCCUUGUCUCUCCGAAGAGUCGCAUUGUUUUGCCUUCCCCGACUGCCUCCUGGGGGUCUUGGCCGGUGAUCUUGUCAAGCUGAAGAUGACAACCCUUUCCUUCCUAGACAAAGAGAAUGAAGGAGAUGUUGCUGCUUCUAAGGAACGGUUAAGGUUGUCCUCAACAUCUUCGAAAGUUUUAUCUGAAAGAUUGCAGACCCAGACUUCAUUUGGUGGAAGAAUAGUUAAUGCAACUCCAGCCACAUCCCAAUCUGUCAGAAAGGCUCUGGGAAACGUAAACAGGGCUCUGGUAACCACAAACAAGGAAACACUGAAACAGAAAAAAACCCCCUUCCCUGCCAGAACAGACUUUGAGAGUUUUGAAAUUCCUGAAGAACACAAAUUAAGCCACCUGUCCCUGACUGGAGUUCCUCUAUUGAUGAUUGACAAGAAUAUAUCCGUUAGCUCUAUAAACAUGGUCCCUUCACCUGUGAAGCUGUCACCAAUUUCAUGGGAAUGUGACUUGCUACAAUCAACUGCCAACUUCCUCUCCAGCUUAGAUGAAAUCAUUGACUUGCCACCUUUGUGCCAUGACUUUUAAAUCUUAAUUUUGAAGCUUUUUAUUGAGCACUGACUAUUUUGGAAUUUUUUAUGUAUCUCUUAAUAAAGAAUUUGAAUAACUUG